CCCUUGCGCGGCUCCCGAGGGCCGGUUUGGUUGCGCAGGGUGGGUGGUUGCGGGGCCGCAGCGUCGAGUGUGACUGAGCCGGAGCAGCGUCCCCCGCCCGGCGGCCCCGCCCCGCCCCGCCCGGCCAUGGAGUCCUACGACAUCAUCGCCAACCAGCCCGUGGUCAUCGACAACGGUUCCGGGGUUGUCAAGGCUGGCUUUGCUGGUGACCAGAUCCCGAAAUACUGCUUCCCAAACUAUGUGGGGCGCCCAAAGCACGUCCGGGUCAUGGCGGGGGCGCUGGAGGGGGAUCUCUUCAUCGGCCCCAAAGCAGAGGAGCACCGGGGCCUGCUGUCCAUCCGCUACCCCAUGGAGCAUGGCAUCGUCCGGGACUGGAACGACAUGGAGCGAAUCUGGCAGUACGUGUACUCCAAAGACCAGCUGCAGACCUUCUCCGAAGAGCACCCGGUUCUCCUGACGGAAGCCCCCCUAAACCCCUGCAAGAACCGUGAGAAGGCGGCCGAGGUUUUCUUCGAGACCUUCAACGUUCCAGCGCUUUUCAUCUCCAUGCAGGCCGUCCUGAGCCUCUAUGCCACGGGCCGCACGACGGGAGUGGUGCUGGAUGCGGGGGAUGGCGUCACGCACGCGGUGCCCAUCUACGAGGGCUUCGCUAUGCCGCACUCCAUCAUGCGGGUGGACGUGGCUGGGCGGGAUGUCUCGCGCUACCUCCGCCUGCUGCUGCGCAAGGAGGGCUACGACUUCCACACCUCCGCCGAGUUCGAGGUGGUCAAGAUGAUAAAGGAGCGGGCCUGCUACCUGUCCAUUAACCCCCAGAAGGACGAGGCGCUGGAGACGGAGAAGGUGCUCUACAGCCUGCCGGACGGGAGCACACUGGAGGUGGGCCCAGCCCGCUUCCGAGCCCCUGAGCUGCUCUUCCAGCCGGACCUGGUGGGGGACGAGAGCGAAGGGAUCCAUGAAGUCCUGGCCUUUGCCAUCCAGAAAUCCGACAUGGACCUGCGGCGGACGCUCUUCGCCAACAUCGUGCUGUCCGGCGGCUCCACGCUCUUCAAAGGGUUUGGGGACCGGCUGCUUAGCGAGGUGAAGAAACUUGCCCCAAAGGAUGUCAAGAUUAAGAUCUCCGCCCCGCAGGAGCGACUGUACUCCACGUGGAUAGGCGGCUCCAUCCUGGCCUCGUUGGACACCUUCAAGAAGAUGUGGGUGUCGAAGAAGGAGUACGAGGAGGACGGGGCGCGGGCCAUCCACCGCAAGACGUUCUAGGUGUGGGGCCAGCGGGCGCAGCUGGUGGUUGGGGGAGCUCGGCCAGGGCGUGCCCUUAUGUUACCCCUUUCCAAGCCAGGGCUGCUAGCACCAGCCCUCCCCCGGGGCUCGCCCUCCCCGCAUCAGCUUCCGGCAUCCCUGGAGGGGCAGGGCAGCCCCCUCGCUCCCUCCGAGCCGCUCGUCUGUGCGCACACGGCCCCCAGGCCUGGCCUUGAUCCCUGCUGCCCCGGCCGUGCCCUGCACCGGUGGGGAUGGGCAGGGCCACUCGGCUCUCUGCGCAGGCAGUCUCAGCCCUUGACCCCCUGCUGCCCUCAGAGCCCUGGGGGCCUUGGCCUGUCCCUCCCUGCGCAGUCCCCUAGCCUGAGGGGCCAGAGUGCCCCAGCCUGCUUAGCGAUCCUUGGAAGCCCGGCAAGGGGAUCUGGGGGCAGCGACCCCAUGGGAGCUGGGCUUCGGCCUGAGGGGAGAUGGGGCUCCAAGGGGCUUCUAGUCCCAGGCUAGAUCAUGGGUCCUGCCCUAGGAGAGCCCACCUGGGGCGCAUGGAUCCAGAGCCCACUGCCAGGCCCCAAUGGCUGCCCUCAGCCCUUGCUGCUCAGGAGGGGUGGGAGCCCCCAGAGGCCUGGAGCAAAGCCCUGGUGGCACCAGGCUCCCCCCUGUUCAGGGCCGUGCUGGGGCCAAGCUCCUUCCAACGGGGGGCCCCUGAGCAGCUGGCUCUGCCCUUGCUCCAAUGGUGCCUGGCGCAGACUCACUGCAGAGGUGAGCUGGGGUCUGGCUGGCUCUGGCCCAGGCAGGGUUGUGGCUGCCCCCUCCUCCCCCCAGCUCCAGGGGGGUGUCCCAGUCACAGCCCCUAGCUCGCCACCUAGAGAGCAGCUGCCUCGUGGUGCUACACUAACCCCCUGCAUUGGCCACACCACAGCCUCCUGUAGCCAUGGCCCCUGGCCCUGUGCCUGGAGAGUGUCCCUGGAGCCAGGGCAGUGGUGUGUCUGGCCCUGUGGGGCUAGUACCUGGGUGCUCAGAGGCCUGUGGGCAGGGCUGUACCAACCCUGAAUUGGAAAGGGGUAAACCCCUGAACUUUUUUUUUAAAGGGCAGCAACUCAAUCACCUGCCCCAGAGCGAGGCGAGGGGCCCGGGCACCUGGAGGGGCAGAGUUCAGCUCUCUAGCUCCAGGCUAGUGGCCUGUGUCUGUAUCUUGGCUUCUCCCCUUACCCCCCCUGCCAGAGCCCUGGACCCCCAGUGGCCCCCGCCCAAGCCUGGCUGCAAUGUACAAAACUGAACACAGUUGCCUGUAUUUUUUUUGUAAAUUCAUUAUAGUAAUAAUUAUAAAUUAA